AUGUCAGUCGAUAGGCCUCCACCGCACAUUACCCGCAUCUUCGAAGCUUUCCGCUCGUUAUUCCGCCGCUGUUGCCGUGUGGAACAGCAUGCUCUGGAUGACGCGUUAUUCCGCAACUGUCGCCAUGUGGAUCAGGAUGCUCUGGAUGACUUCUUAAACGAAGAGUCGAGACGCCAGUACUUUAUGCAUUCGAGUGAGAAAGAGAUCUUGUUAUUUCUCUGUGGUGCUGCAAAAUGCUGCAAGCAACCCAGAAAGCGUCUUGACUACGUCAAUCUCCUUCUUACGCAUCAACUCGACAAAUGGCUCAUCCAGAGUAUGCGUGUCGAGAUGGAUCCUGCGUCAGCAAUGUUGAGGUUAUCGGCCUUGAUCUCGCUUGAACAGCUUGCCUGCACGGUUGACGAGGACGCUCAGAAGCCUGCUAUGGGUUGGCUGCAUCGUUUUGUCGAGCUGAUGGAGCAUGGGACAGAUUUGUACGGACCACAGGCUACCCACUGCAAUUAUUAUAAAACAUACCGACAUAUGGGCUGUGCCCUUUUCCGCGCGAUCAACUCAGAGGAGUUUGGUUUCAUCCAUCCUCUCUUCAGAGAAGAUCCUCUCUGCUGUGCGCGUGGAGUCGGUUGCGGGUCAUUUCUGGACGAGGAAUACUGGGUGCGCAGGGUUGUCGAAAAGGAGAACUACUAA